AUGAGACCCCUUGUACCUCUUCUCUUUCUCCUCCUCUCCGCCGUCGUCUCUACCUCUCACGCUCUCGCUUCCGCCCCGUCUUCCCGGAAGGCUCUCGGUGGCUGGACCCCCAUCAAGAACACCGACGACCCCCACGUCCGCGAGAUCGCCGAGUUCGCCAUCGCCGAGCACAACAAGCAGGCGAAUGCCAGUCUCGCCUUGAGCAAGGUGGUGAAGGGCGAGACGCAGGUGGUGGCCGGGACGAACUACCGCCUGGUGCUGCAGGUGAAAGAUGCAAGCGGCGCGCGUGUGAAGUACCAGGCGGUGGUGUGGGAGAAGCCAUGGGAGAACUUCCGCCAGCUCACCUCCUUCAAGCUGGUCAAGAGCUAA